GCUUCAGAGCCACAGAGCGACUCCUAACGGUUCAGGCUCACACGGGAGAUGUGAUGAUUCUGACACUUGAAAGGGAAACAUGGAAGUUAGUUUUCUCCGUGGUCUUGUUUUGGUCGUCCUGUCGGCUCGGACUUUGGGAGACGAUGGGACGGUGACAUUUGUAUCGGAACUCUCGUCCAAACCCGCUCAGAAGUUGUCCAAGUAUGGAUGGUACGGCAGCGUGAGGCUGCAGAGGUUCCAGAUCCCGGAGGACACGGCCAUCGCUCGCUGGCUGUUCUCUGUGACGAAGGGCCACAACUUCUACUGCGGGCAGCACAAUGUCACAAUUCAUCUUCGAUGGGGUUCUCCACCCGUCAUAAACCCAACCGGGUCCGAGUUUCCCAAUGCGACCCUGUGGAGCCCCUGUUUGACCCUGACACUCCCGGUAACGUCGCAGAGCUCCACGACCUUUAACCUGUCCGACCCGGCUCCAGGGGACUGGUACGUCGCUGCCCACUUGCCAGAAGACGACGGCCGCAUCGAGCAGAAGGGCUUUCCGUCCUGCUCCUUCUUCUUUCAGCCUCAGUUAUCAAUCAGAAGAGCGGUGGACACUCCGGAGUUACAGCAGGGCCGGCCGCUCUCCCAGACGGCGGCCCCAGACCGUCCCGCACGCCUUAAGCUGCAUGUUCCAGAGUUUGCCUCCUCGCUCUCGGUGUCGGUGUCCGGCUGCUCGUCAGACGAGGCGGCGGCGAGCGGCGACUGCUCCCUGGUUCUCCGGCUGGGCUCGGCCUCGCUGCAGCAGGACCCGCUGACGGUGGACUGCUCGGGGACCGCCUGCUCCGCCGAGCCGUCCGACCCGCCCUGGGACGCCUGGCUGCGAGUCGCGGUGGAGAGCCAGGUCAACCGAACCGUGACCUUCAGCAUCGUCUCGAAUUACACCGUGGGAUGUAAGCCUCAAAGCGUCGGCCUUAAAGCAGACGAUGACAUUAACCUCCUCCGUGGCAACAGCAGCCUUCCCAGCUCGGCGGCGGCGGCAAACAGCUCGGCGGGCCAAGACGGAAUCACCUCCAUCAACGGCUCGGCGUCCGUGAUGACUCCGCUGCCGCCGUCGGCGUGCGUGUGGAGCAUCCCGGUGCUGUUCGAGGAGGUGGACGUCCUCUCGCUGCGCUACACCCCGGUCGGCGGGCCCAACGUCAGCGUCGCCAGCACACACCCCACACUGCUGGCCUACCCCGUGCACACACAGGCCACCGGCGGCACGCUCAACCUGCAGCUCACACUCAACACCACGAACUCGACGCUGGGGAACAGCAGCAGUGUGGUGGCCUGCCUCGCUCCCCGGGCGCCGGUCUUCCAGCUCAACCACUCUCUGCCCUGCCGAACAGCUUUGUUUGGAGGUUAUGGCGCUGCUGUGAACAUGAGCGCUCCUAAAGACGUGAUCCGGCUGCCUUUUCCUCAGUCGGCGACUUGGUACCUCACCCUGCAGGUCGUGUGCAGCAGCAGUGACUGCGGGGACACGUCGGUGGUGUCCGUCGUCCCCGAGGUGUUUGUCAGUGCCUGUGUGGAGGACUGCGGGACGUACGGGGAAUGCCGACUGAUGAGGUCCUACAGCUACCUGUAUGCGUCCUGCGUCUGCAAGGCAGGCUGGAGCGGCUGGGGCUGCACCGACGGCUCGGCGGCUCAGUCGUACGGUCGACAGCUGCUGGAGACGCUGCUGCUCACGCUGAGCAACCUGUCCUUCCUGCCCGCCGUCCUGCUGGCCGUCCGGCGCUGCUACCUGGCCGAGGCCGCCGUCUACCUCUUCACCAUGUUCUUCUCCACGUUCUACCACGCCUGCGACCAGCCGGGGGUGGCGGUGCUGUGCAUCAUGGACUACGACGCCCUGCAGUACUGCGACUUCCUGGGCUCCGUCUGCUCCAUCUGGGUCACCAUCCUGUGCAUGGCCCGCUUCAGAGACCUCUUCAAACACACGCUGUUCGUGCUCGGGGCUCUGCUGAUCGCCAUGUCCAUGCAGCUGGACCGGAAAGGCCUGUGGAACCUGCUGGGCCCCAUCCUCUGCGCCAUCUCCUUCAUGGUGGCUGCCUGGGUGUACCGGGGGGUCCGCCGGCGCCGCUGUUACCCGCCCUCCUGGCGGCGCUGGGUCUUCUUCCUGAUCCCCGGCGCGGUCUGCGCCCUAAUCGGAGUGUGUUUGUACAUUUUCGCUGAGACGGAGGACAACUACUACUACACACACUCGCUGUGGCACCUCCUGGUGGCCAGCUGCGUGGUGUUCCUGCUGCCGCCCAGGGAGAGGGAGCAGGAGGAGCUGGGCUGGAGCCAGGACUGGAGGCCCAGCGGGACCUGGAGCUGGAGCUGGAGGCCUCGUAUCUGUGGAUAUACGCUCUGUCAGAACGGCAAAGACGAGCUCUACACCGUCACGUAGCUGAUUACAGCUGUUCUCAGUGUAAACAACGCUACGACAGUCAGACACCUCAAACCGGCAGAAUUCCACCCCUUCUUUAGGAAACAGCUUUAAUGAAGCAUUUCAGAAUCAAAGAUAAUCCUAUAUUCUCAUAGGUCUACAGUUUGUUUCCCUCCACAGUUCCAAUAAUUGUGAACGUUUUUUAUUAUCUGAAUAGAAAUAAGUUCUAAAUCACAGUUUUAAAAUGAACUGAUCGACCUCCAGCAGGUCCUCAGGACACCUCCGGAGCUCAGGCCACAACACCAAACUCUUCAGGUAACGGACCACCUGACCUUUCACCUCUCGAGCAGUCGGUGCAUAUUCUAUAUGUACAUAUUUCACUAGAGUAGGAAAUGAAUGUGUGAAUUAUUUAUGAAGAAAAGCACUUUGUGGAUCAAUUUAAAUCUUUUUCUGCAGUCUGUCUUUGAGUCUUGAUGAAAUGUUACCCACCGCCAGUGACACACUCCUCAUCGGUUCAGCCUCAUGAUCAAAGUCGAGCUUUCUUUUUUGGAUUAUUGUUUUUUAUCCAAUGUGGCCAAAAUGGCAGUCAGGCGGUGACCAACAUGCAGAAAUCAAACACAGCAGCUUCCAGGAGCUGACGCUGGCUGCUUCCACGUCUUCUUUUAAUCAUCUCCUCCAGGCAUAAACGGCGCGGAAAUAAAAUGAGGCUGGUGUCAAAUUACCACUACUCAGUGCCUCAAGUCAAGGAGCUCAUGGAUGUUUUAGAUGAGUAUUUUGUUGAAAUUGAAUGCACAUAAAGCUUUUGCAGUGCAUUUCAAACUGAAUUUACAUGUGAAGAGCCCCCCCCCUUGCCAAGUGACUCCUGAUCCGGUUUGUUCUGCCUUCUCGGAUCGUUAUUGACGGCCUCGGUUUCAGAUCUCGUUUUGUGCCAUGCAGGCCUCCCCUUCUCUGCUCACAGUGCAAUAUCUGAAGCUGAUCACAGCUUGGCUGCUUUGACUUUCUUGGACUUGUUUUCCAUAGUGCGGUUGUCGUCUCGUGCUUUGUGGUCCUGCUUCAACGUUCGUCCUCGUGUGUGUCUGUCGUGGUUUCUAUUGAAAUCCUCCAGUCCAGCUUUCACUGAGUGGAUGUCAGUAGAAGGCAUGGUAAUCUGGGUGCAGGAUCUUGAACCUCUCCAAUGGCUUCUAAGCACUUUUAUGACAGAUUUAGUGUAAAUAUCAUGUUUCUAUGAAUCAGCAACCAAAUGAAUGUAUAUUGAUGAACGCCACCCUGUCCGGUGCCUCCUGUUUAUCGUCCCUGUGAGUCAAUGUCUGCACUGUGUGAAUGUGUGACAUUUUCCUCACUUCGCUCCGUGCUUUACGUUUGUGUCUGUUUUUUUGUUUGUUUCCUCUCAGAGUCCCACACUGUGACAGUCGUUUUCAUUGGGAUGUUCAAAUGGAAUGUUUCUCACCGUCGCGCGUUCGCAGCUUUUCUUUCACUGUUGAAACCUCGAGUGUGCAACUUCAUUUAGUUUGUUUUCACACUGAAAAGCUGUUUUCCAACUGCAAACGGACUGCGGCUCACACCGUGUGAGGAUGGAAUAAACAAGAACAAAACAAUGCUAUGUCCAACCUGAAAUAUGAUUUUUAUUUUUAUUUUUUCCUCUCUGUUCUGAAUGAUUAUGUUUCUGGUGAAAAAUGAAAAUUGCAUUUAUUAUACCACCAAAAAUAAAGCGGGUGCAUAAAAGGAAACGUU